AUGUCACGAAUAUCCACAUUUUUCUUCCUGUACACAGUCAUUACCCACUCCUAUUCACGUUAUUUUGAUGUCUGCCCUUCUAGGAAAAUUUCCAUUGGUGCUUGUCUUGCUGGGCUAUGUCCACUUGGAUCAGAGUGUAUCAAUAACUACUGUUGUAAAGCUAGGAUAGUUACAACAACUCCAGGAAUUGAGGAUAUUGACUACUAUGGGAAAUGCAGAGAUGGACAGGAUGCCAUUGGUGAAUGUGUAUCGAAGCUUUGCCCGUCAGGUUACAUUUGCGAAGAGGAUUUAUGCUGUGAUACUGUCAAAGCAAAAACUUUCGUCCCCUUCACGUCUAUGCCCAGUACAUCGUCUACCUCAUCUGUUUUUUCCUCUACUCCAGAAGAGCCGAUAGAGAUCGUCGAGAUAAUUGACAUAACUGCUGAACCAAAUGUGAACGUGUAUAAUACGACACCUCAAGUUGAUAAAGGGAUAGAGGAUAAGGAGGAACAAACAAGUAAAUGGAUUGAAACUACUACAACGGAUAUGACGGAAAUUGAGAGUAUCAGACGUUCUUUCAAAGUGAUCAAAUCAAAGGAAUCAAAUGAAAUUGAAGUAGGAGACAUAAUAACAACAACGGCGGAAAGCACCAAUUAUGAAACAACGGAAUGGCAAACCAAGGAUGUCUCAUCAACACCUUCAACUACGCAAGAAACAACGGUUACUACGAUGGAAACGAUGACUAACCCUGAAUGGCAAACCACAGAAUCAUCCGUUGUUGAGCUCACAACAGAGCAAGUACAAAUCUGUCCCAUAGGGGAUUCUAUAGGAGAAUGCAUUAGUGACCAGUGCCCGGAAGGACACACAUGCUUUCAAAAUGUUUGCUGUAUUAUAACUCCUCAGAUCAAUUGUACUGAUACCCUCAAAGGAUGCUUACCUCACCUAUGCGAUAAAAGAGGCUACAAAGAGUUUACAACGUUGAAUUGUGCAAAAACAUGUGCACGGUGUCAUGUAUCUGAGGUUCAACGGAGCUCAUCAGAUGUCGAGAUCGUCGUUCCGAUUGCAAAGAGUGGGUUGCAGAAGGUUUUUGUGAAAGUUUAUUGUACUCUACCCGCCAAAAGUUAA